AUGAAAAUCCCAUUACUUCCAUUUGGAUUUUUUGGUACUUCAAAUUCGUCUAAUACGGUACCAAAAGAUCAACCUAUCGACAUUAUAAUUCAUGAAAAUAAACCAAAAGCUUAUUAUGUUGGUGGUAUAAUGCCUAAUAUAAAACUUUCAACGGUACGCAAUAUGCUCGAAAACAAAGAAGAAAUCUAUAUGGGGGAGAAUAUGAAUUUUCUAUCUAAAAAUAAUAUAAAUAAUAUUGAAAAGAUAAUUCCUAUUAAAGAAGAAAAAGCUUUUAUAGUUUCUGAUAUAAUUUUUAGCGAUGGGCAAAUCCAUAUUCUAAAAGAUGCUAAUAAAGUAAGUUUAUCCCAAUUUGUUAAUAAACAUAAACUUCUUUAUGGAUGUUGCAUUACACGCGAAGACAUUAUUGAAAGAGUUCCUAAAAAACGAGCAUUUAACCUUAAAGAAGGAAACACUGUUAUAAUAAAUAAUACGUCUUAUAAAGGUCUGGAGCGAGAUACAAUGAAAUGUAAAGAGAGAAUUGAACAAAUGUUUGCUCGAAGUUUUAUUAUAAAUGGCAAUGUCAGCGUUCCUUUACCCUGGGCUCUUACUUCAUUAGAUCUCGGUAGUCAUAUUAAAAAUUCUAAAGAAGAGAAACUAGAUAUAGAAGAAUCAUAUGAGUACACAUAUGUAAAUGCUGCCAAGUGUAGUAUAUCCAUUUCACAUAAUGAUAUUGAACCAACGAGUGAAUUUAUAGAUGCGAUUGAUAGUGCGCUGAAACAAAACACAGAUGAAGAAAAAUUGAAAGAAAUUAAAAAAAUAUCACAAGAAUUUGGAUUUAUUUUUCCAAUGUACAUAGAAUUUGGUGGUAAAAUCCAAAGUAGAAUUGAAUCACACAGCAAAAGAUUUUCUGAUUUCAAGGAAAAAACAGUUGGAGGAGGCAUUCAAAACACCUCAUUAACAUAUAACUCUAAAAAAGGAACAUCAAGUUCAAAAUUUUAUGCUAACGAUAGUUUUAGAGUAGUUGGUGGUGAUGAGACAAUCGUGUCAGAUGACAAUAAUGGCAGUGAAUCCCAAAAGAAGUGGCUAAAAACUUUGGAUCAUUGUGACAAAUGGCAACCUAUUAAUUAUUCAGAGAUCAUAUCAGUUUACGAAUUAUUAGAUAGUAAGAAACGAGUGAAGUUGCUUGAAUUGCUUGGGAAAGUGGUGCUCCAUUCUGGUACAAACGAAAUAGAAUUUAAUAACAAGAACAUAAUAGAGCCCAAAAAAUUACAAAUAGAUAUUCCAGAAAAUAUCCUCGAUAAUAUGGAAAAUAACCAUGUAUAUGCAACAGUUUAUAAUACUGAAUGCAUUAAUGAAAUUUUUUCUGUCCAUGUAGUUUACUAUCCUAACAAAAGCUCCAAUUUAAUAUUAAAUUGUGUCAAAACAAAGAAAGAAAAAGAAUUAUUGUCGAAAAAAGAUUUUAAACAUAUUGUAAAAGUUUCAUGGAUCAUUGUCGGAUCUCAGAAUGUAAAACGAGAUCUUCCCAAAGAAAUUGUGCGCCUCAAUCAUAAUAUGUGCUGUCUCGGAAUUUGUGCAUUCAGAUGUCAGGACACGGACGAUUAUGAAUCCACAAUUGCCGCUGGGCUCCACCUUUGUCGAGUUGACGGACAGAAAUGGGAACCAUGUACUUAUAUAUUUGAUAUAGCAAAAGUUCACUUAAGCAAUAUUAACGCUAUACAAGAAUAUGAAAUGAAAUGGGAAGAAGAUAAGAAUUCAACAUAUAAAGGCGAAGAAUGGGAUAAAUUUUCUAGGGAAGGAAAUCUAUUUUUAGGGCUUUUAUAUAAAAAAUACCAUUCAGACUGUUCUCCUGUAUUUGUAAAUGUUAACACCAGAUAUCCUAUGAUGCGUUCAUUGAAAAAAACAGACGAUGUAGCAGUAGUUGGGCGAGUUCAUGAUUAUGCUGUGUAUAUUCAUGGCUCCAAUGGUUGGUGGAUUAUUAAUUUCAACGGUGACAGAAUAGCAACUACGGAUGAGUUGAUUAUGAGCAAUGAAUCUAAUUUUUGG